AUGAAGAAUUUAGUUCUUUCUAUUUUUAUUUAUGCUAUUAGCUUUAGUUAAAUAUUAAAAGCUUAAUCUCCUAAAGCUUGGGUUUAUUCAUCUUAGUAUGACUAUAUAAUACCUGUUUCUGAACCUUAAGGCAUGUAUAACAACAUCAAAAUUGCUUAUUAAGCUAAUCUUGUCUUUGUUGCAGCCGGUGAUUCAGGAGUAAAAGUAUUAGAUCCUCAAAAAAACUAUCAAGUUAUAAGCACAUUUAGAAGUGAUGAAUACUUAGAUGGAUUUACUAUGACUUAAGACGCAAAAUAUGUUUUUCUACCGUUUAAUAGUAAGCUAACUAUCUUUGAUUAUACUAGUAGAAGUUAAUUUUAAUAGAUAGCUUAAGAUUCAGUCUAAAUUCUGAAUGUAGAUAUGGUAAUUAAUAAAGCGGAGACUGUUGUCUUCAUUUUCUAAUCAACUGGAUAGAUCAGAGCUGUCAAUGUCUCUAAUAAGAAAAAUCCUACUUUUGCUGGGACUGUUACUUGGCGCUCUUCUCAAAUUUAAAGUGGUUUACUUUCAUAAGAUGAUUAAUGGUUAUUUGUUUGUUAAGGAUUUCAAGGAUUAGCAAUCUACAAAGUUACCUACAACUAAGAUGGCACUGUUUCUUUCUUUCUAGCCGGAGCUUUUCUAGGAGCCACAUUUGGAUCAUAUGCGAUCAACCUAACAAGCGAUUUGAAAUAUAUCAUUAAUAUUGAUAACAAAAAGGGAGUUAGCAUUGGAGACUUCACUCAAAUAACUAAUUCAGGAGGAGUUUACAAGUCUGCGACCUAUUCUGUCACAUGGUGGCCUACAGAUAUUACGCUUCCUUCUCCAUACUCCCUUUGUCUAUCUGGUGAUAAUAAUAUCUUAUUCUUAGGUGUCCUUUCAUAGGGUAUUUAUGUUGUAGACAUUACAGAUAAAACAAAGCCUGCUUUAUAUGAGGUUAUUUAAGUUGCUUACCAAGGUAAGUCAAUUAAACUCUCUUAGGACGAAUCUUAUUUAUUUUAUGCAAAUGGUUAAAGUGUCUAAAUAUUUCCAAAGACGACUCCAAAUUUAAGUGACUAAUAUUUAAAUUUAUUUAACAAGCACUUAGUUACUUCCUAUGAUUGGUCCAGUACAUACUUCUAUUGGAGAUGUGUAAUUGAUGACGCAAAUAAAAUAUACUAUGGCUCAUUUGAUGAUGAUGGCUUGUGGAUUUUUGAUGCCUCAGUACCAGAAGAUAUGAAGCUUAAAGUUAAACAAUUUAAGCCUCCUAAUUCACUAGCUAAUAUAGAUAUUGUUGUCUUUUUGAGAGGCUUUCAAUAUAUUGUACUUCCUAUUAUAGAUGAUGUUAAUGUCUUCGCUGUCUAUGCUACAAACGACAUCAUAACAUUAGGAUCUGGUGCUACUGUAAUUUAAAUGGUAGCUUAUGAUACAGAUAACUAUAUUGUUGAUGCUGACUAUGACGAAACUGUUAACUUACUGGCUGGUGCUCUAGGAAAUUCAGUUAUUUUUAUGGAUAUAACUACUAUUGGAUCAUUCUCUAUAAAAACAGUUUGGCAAUUUACUGACACCAUGAAAGGAAGUUGCACUGGAGUGAUGUUUACUGGGGAUUUUAAGUAUUUGGUAGGAGCAAGUAGAGGAUAUGGGUAUUUUGUUUUGGAUAUUAGAAAUCUAAACAAUAUCUAAUAAGUAAAUUAUAUUGAUUCUUUAGGAGCUGAGAAUUUAUUUUAAUCUACUAUAUCGCUCAACUAUGGAUUUUUUGUUGAUGGUCUUUAAGGAAUUUUCAUUGUCAGUUUUGAUAAAAUGCCUUAAAUUGAUAUUAUAUCUCAUGUUGAAAUUCUUGGAUGGAGUAAUGAUGUAACCUUUUUAAAUAAUGAGAAAUUGCUGCUUGUUUCUACUCUUGAAUAGGGUAUGGUUACCUUAGUUGACAUUUCUGACAUAAAAAACCCCUUCAUAGUUUCAGAGUAUUAUUAUGAAAAUUAAAAUGGUAUGAGUACUUGUGCAUUCGAAGAUAACUCGUAUCUUUUCAUAAACAACAAUAUUGGAGUUCUUACUUUGCCAACAAUCAGUCCAGUUUAGAUGCAUGUUGAAGUUUAGUAGGUAUUAGAAUAUUCAUCAAUUAUUUAGGAUUUCAUCUAUAAAAAGAUGGACGUAGAAGAUGUAUUCACCGUUGGAAUGGAUAUUUAACUUGAUAUAGUCUUUCUUUAUUAACCUUUAGAUUUGAUUGUCGAUAGCAUAUGGCAUUAUCAACAACAAAUAAUGAAUCCUAUUCCUACUUGGAUGACCUAUGAUCCUGAAGCUUAUUCAAUUAAUAUUCAAGUGGUAAAAGAAGCGAUAGAUGAAUAAAACAUAAGCUAACCUCUAGUAAAUACAAUUAUUUUGAAAACCCUAAAUCCGCUUUACCAAGCAGAUUUUAAUUACAACAAUGUGUCUUGUCCUACUUCUUAAGCAUAAAACGAUGACAUUUUUAAUUAUAUUUUGUCUAAUGGUUACAUAAACGAUUCUAAUGUUGUAAAUCCUAAUCUUAGCUUUACUUCUACAUAGGUAAUUACAGUCUUUCCUAGUUUGAGUACAAGCUUCAACUAAUGCAUUAGCACGAUGAUCAAAUAAACUUUACUCAACUCGAUAUAAUAUUCUCCUAUUUACCUAUUUUUCAAAACAUCUCUGAUCUACACUCAAAAGCCUGCAGAUAAUCUAACCUACAUUCAAACUGUUGCUAAAAAAGUUUCAGUAUAACUUAUUGUCCCUAAAUUUAGUGGAAAAUUUAUUUAUGAAAAUCAAAUAGGAGUUAAUCUAUCAGUAAAUAGCGAUAAAAAUAUAAUUGAAAUAUCAGGUUUAGUCGAAAAUGUUAAUGGCUAUCUUGCUAACAUUCUUGUACUUUACGCUAUGCCAGGAUUUUCCUAUGGAUAGAUUAAAGCCUAAGUAACUAUAUCUGAUGACAUUAAUUAUGAUUUGCAAUAUGAUCUUUUGCUUACAGAAAUUGCUUUUUUAAAAGAAAAAAGUCCUGUUUAAUUAAAUCCUUAAUAUAUUCUUUAAGACUAAUUUAAUCAAGAUUAUUCAAAUGGUGAAAUAGCGAUUCUAACAUCAUUUCUUUUCAAUUUUGAUUAAACCACUUUUUAAUCACUUGAUGUAGGCUAAGUUACCUACACUGCUUACAUACUUUAAGGAGAUUAAUUUGUGAUCCUUGAUACAUCUCAUUGGAUUUCUUAUUAUGCUGAAAGUUAGAAGUUUUAUGGUACUCCUCCUUAGUCAUCUUUUAAGACUUCUGUAACUAUUAAGUUAGUUGGUGAUGAUGGUUACUCAAAUGUUUCAGAUACUUUUGUGAUUUAAAUUAACAAGUUACCAGUUUUAUUUGUAAUAUAAUGGAUAUCAUAAAUUUUAGGACCAUUAAUUGGAGCUUUGGGUAUGUAUAAAUACAGAAAUAUAUUUUACAAUGCAUUUUUUAAAUACAAAAAUAGAUACACUAAAAUAAAUGCAAUUGUAAAUUAAAAAUUUAUUUUAAAAAUCCCUUUGAUUUCAUAGGAUUUGAAUCAAGCAAAGGAAAUGAUUGAAAAUCUGAUACAAAUUAUUUACAAAGAGAAGAAUGGUAUUAGCAAAUAAAUAAAUCUUGGUAAGAUUGCAAAAAUGAACACAUUGAAAAUUGACGAUAUAGAAAAUGAUCAAGUUCUGAAAGAAGAAGAGGAAUAACAGUAGAAAAAAGCUUUGAAAAUCUAAGAAUAAGAGUAAAACAUUUAAGACAUUGAAAUAACCAAUAAUAAAAACAACGAUGAUAAUCACCAAUAGAUUCAAAAGAAUAAUUUUGCCUUCAAUACAGAUAGAAAUGAUAUAACUAACUAGUUCAAAGAUAAAAUAAUGAUGAGUAAAAAUAACUUUAGAAAUUCAAUAGUAGAAAAGUAAUAUCUGAACUAAGAAGGAAAGAUCAACAUGUAACAAGUUAUUGAAGAUAUGCUUCAAUAUAAUGUUACAUUUAAGAUUAGUGGUAAGAAACUUGAAGCCAAAGCUUAUAAAGAAGAACUUAAUAACAAACAAUCCAGUCUUUACAAAUGCAUCAAACUUCUAUUAGCUCGCUAUUUCAUUUCUCUAGAUAAAAAGAGUCAUUUAGUAUCAGAGUAUAUCAAAUAUUAUGGUAAAAAGAACUGCUUUUUGCAUUCAUCAAAUGACUGGUAUAAAUAAUUUGUGAACAUAGUAUCAGAAGAUCAAUUAGAUAUAAAUGGAUAAAUUAUAGCCUUUCCAAAGAUAUCACUAAAUAAAACUAAUAUUGCUCCCGUUUUAAUGUAUCUUGAACUUUUAAACUCUAAAUUAGAAAGUUUUGAAUCUAUAUCUUCUAAAGGAAUAAAUCCACACCUUUUAAAGCUAGUUCUCAAGGCAGAUGUACUGGGUAUAAAUCUGAAUCCUCCCUCUUCUCUGUUUCCAUCAUAAGGAGAAUCCCUCUAUAUAAAACCAAACUAAUUAAAAUCUGUAGAAUCGUUUAAAUAUGCUCCUGGAGGUACUUGCUUUCCAAUAAUGAAAUUCUUGAAUAUGGAAUACGACCCAUAUGGGCCUAAAGAAAACAUGUAAUUUCCUAAUUGGUUAGAGUUAAUUAUGCAGAGCGGUGUAAUUAUUCUUUAAGGAACUCCUUAAUAAUAAGAUGUCGAAGAAAUAUUGAUAAGAUUUUAUGGAUUGUAAGGGUUUAUCUAUCGUUCAUUUACACUAAGGGUUUAGGAUACUGAAGAAAACUAUUAAAAAAGUAGAGUUGCAUCUAUGUAAAGGAACUCUAAAUUUAGAUAAGAAUCUGUAUAAAACGAAGAAAAAUCUUAGCUCUUGAUAAGUAAUAAUAAAUUUUAUGAGUAGCAAAAUACCUAAAAUGGUUUAGGAGUGAAUUUAAAUUAAUUUUAAAGUAUUUUAAGUGCAGGAGAACAUUAUGAGAAUAAACCUUUGAGAUAAUCUAACUUUGCGAAUAGUCCUCAAAUUGAUAAUUUACCUACACAAUUGAUAGGAACACCAGAUAUCCAUUAAAAAGAAAAGAUUCUUAAAGAAUUAGAUAAUAUACAAGAAAUGAAUCUAAAUGAAUGA